ACAGCUCUGAAGCGGGUUGCGUUUCCGUCGGACGGCUGCGAGCGGCGCACAAGACGCGCAACAUGGAUGAAGGCUCAUCGGGAAACUGGAUGUGGCGACAUCCCAAAUUUCAGGAGCUCACUUCUCUGGACGUAGCAGACAGCAACCAGCUAUAUAGCGCCUUCCUCGUCUACCUGGACCUCACUGAAGUGCGACAGUGGCACGAGGUCACCUGUAAAAGCUGUGACAAUCUCCAGCUGAUUUACUUUGAGGGCAGAGAGGGUGAGGGAGCACCUCUGCAGCUGGUGGUGCCAGUUCAGUGCCAACGACUGCUAAGCCACCAAUGGCUCCGGUCCGUCUUGUCCUUGGUUUCUCCAGAUGGGUCCCCUCACCAGUCAGUGCUGAUUGUUGCUGUGGCAUCUGACUCCAGUUUGGUCUACCAUCGAUUUACUGACGGCUUUGUGACCCCCGAGCCUCCGGACCAUGUCCUGAACACGGGCAAACGUAGUGGCAGAAGAAAGAGGCCGCAGGUCUGAGCGGCAUCCAUUGCCACUGGGCACUCAGCCACUGGACUGACUGAUGUAGGCUGUCAUUUCAUAUGCCAGGGCACACUGGACUUCCUUCGUGGUACUGGAUCUGAGUGCCAGUCUCCCGUGACAUUCCUUGUAUCUCAAAGCAUUCAGUGCUGCCCCCUUAGAAUAAAGACCCCCUAUGUUUGGAGAGCAUCUCAUUUGAA